GUUCAAUGAAAGUCUGGACUAUCACAAGAUCCAUGGCGCCACCAUGUACACCAGACACGAAGCCUUCGCUAGUACUAGGCAAACACCCUGCUAGCUGACACCCGUCCACGUUAACCUGCCAUCAAUGCUCGGAGACGAAGACACGCAAUUCAACCUACUAAAAAUUUCACUAAUAACCAGAUGCCCAUAUUCCCACUUCUUGCUGAACCCCCAUGUCCCUGUUACUAUCAUGUGUACAUCUCCUCUGACAUCGCAUGAACCACUCAACCUUUCCAUCCCCCUCUUAUACCCUCUUCACCCAGCAUCUUUCAACGAGCAAGCCCGGCUAGCUCAAUCGGUAGAGCGUGAGACUCUUAAUCUCAAGGCUGCGGGUUCGAGCCCCGCGUUGGGCUUUACUUUUUGCUUUUGAAGGUUUUUACCUCUCACGGUGUGGUUCGUGAUGGGGAAGCAUACAAAUUUUUCUUUCUGGAUCCGAAGCUGUAGUGGGCCCACCAGACCCACCUCAGACAAAUUGGCCAAUAAUAUGGGUCGCUUAGCAGUUCCUCCAAAAGUGCUCCGU